CCAACCAGCAAGGGAAGAAAAAGCGCGCCAAGCAAAAGACAGUUGCGUCUGCUCUCCGAGAAUCAUUUGUACGGAACACUUGGGAACCAGAACCACCAGAAGAUCCAAAAUGCCGGAGCUACCAGAAGUGGAGGCGGCUCGGAGGGCCAUAGAGGAAAACUGCCUUGGGAAGAAGAUCAAGAGGUCGGUCGUCGCCAACGACUCCAAGGUCAUCGACGGCGUCUCCGCCUCAGACUUCGAGGCAGCGCUUUUGGGAAAGACCAUAGUCGCCGCUCACCGCAAGGGCAAGAACCUUUGGCUCCAGCUUGACUCACCUCCUUUCCCUUCCUUUCAAUUCGGAAUGGCGGGUGCGAUAUACAUAAAAGGGGUCGCCGUUACUAAAUAUAAGAGGUCUGCUGUGAAGGAAGAUGAUGAGUGGCCUUCCAAAUAUUCCAAGGUUUUCGUAGAACUAGAUGAUGGAAUGGAGUUCUCUUUCACUGACAAGAGGCGAUUUGCUAAAGUCCGAUUGCUGAAAGAUCCUGCGUCUGUGCCUCCGAUAUCUGAGCUUGGCCCUGAUGCUCUCCUGGAGCCUAUGACGGAUGAUGAGUUUGUUGCAUCAUUGAGUAAGAAGAAAAUUGCAAUUAAGGCUUUGUUGCUCAAACAGAGUUAUAUUUCAGGUAUUGGGAAUUGGAUUGCAGAUGAGGUGCUAUAUCAAGCCAGAAUUCAUCCAGAACAACCUGUUGCUGCACUGUCCAGGGAAUGUUGUAUGACGUUGAACAAAUGCAUCAAGGAGGUUAUUAAAAAAGCAGUUGUAGUUGGAGCAGACAGUAGCCAAUUUCCAAGUAAUUGGAUUUUUCACUCCCGUGAAAAGAAGCCUGGCAAGGCUUUUGUUGAUGGGAAGAAAAUUGAGUUUAUUACUGCUGGUGGCAGGACAAGUGCUUAUGUACCUGAGUUACAAAUGGAACCUGGAGAUCAAGCUGCAAAGGAAGUUAGUAAACAAAGAAAACAAAGUACCCGAGGAAAAGGAAACCAACAUGACAGUGACGACGAUGAUGUAGAUGAACCAGAAACUGAUGAAGAUAACAAUGCUGAAACUACAAAAGGGAAGAAAGGGAGGAAGCCUCAAGGUCAAGUGAAGAAGAAGCUUCCAGCAAAAAGAAAAUCUGAAAAAAGUGAUGAUGAUGAUGAUGAUGCUGCUAAAAACAAGAGAUCUAAGAAAGAAACAGAUGAUAAGCCAUCCAGGGCAGGAAAGUCAAAAAAGAAAAAGGUUCAAUCCAAUCAAAAGAACAAGAAGGCAGUAAAGAAAUCGAAGUAGGCAGCCACUUCAACAGCUGUGCCAGUCAUGUUUUUUGGAGAAUGAUGAAGGGAAAAUGGGUGUGCGGAUGUUUUAAUUUUCCCUUUGUAAUUAUUUUGGUAGCUCUAUGUCAUGAAACUGGUACCAAUAUAAUUGCCUUCUAGUUGUGCGAGAAACUGGUCUAUUUUGUACUUCCGAUGGAAAUCGAAAACUAGGGGAAUGAAAUCCUGUUUUUGGACAGU